GCAGUCCAGCUGUGCGGCGCAGCGCGAGAAGAAGAAGUGAUUGUAUGCCGUCUGUCGGUCCCGCGGUAGUUCCGGGUUCUGUCUUCGCUGCCUCCGCGUUGUCCUCGUCUUAUGUUGUAGGCAAAAAAAAAAAAAAAAAGUCACUUUAGCCCUCUUUAGGCGACCAUGGCUCUUCUAAUGGAGCACCAGUUCCGGCAACUUCCAGCCGACAAACAAGUGGAAACCCGGCCGUUUCUCGAGGCGGUUUCUCACCUUCCUCCUUUCUUCGAUUGCCUCGGCUCUGCUGUUUUUUCCCCCAUCAAAGCUGAUAUCGCGGGUAACAUCACUAAAAUCAAGGCCGUGUAUGACAGCAACCCUACCAGGUUUAAAACCUUGCAACACAUUUUGGAAGCAGAGAAGGAGAUGCAUGGAGCCGAGUGGCCAAAAGUUGGAGCAACACUUGCCCUCAUGUGGCUGAAAAGGGGGCUACGCUUUAUCCAGGUUCUUCUCCAGAGCCUAGUGGAUGGGGAUAAAGACGAAAACAACCCUAAUCUCAUCAGAGUCAACGUCACCAAAGCGUAUGAAAUGGCACUGAAGAAGUAUCAUGGCUGGUUUGUCCAGAAGCUCUUUAAAGCAGCGCUAUACGCCGCUCCUUACAGAUCAGAUUUUCUCAAAGCUCUUUCUAAAGGCCGAGAGGUCAAGGAGGAAGAAUGCUUGGACAAAGUGCGGCAGUUCCUAGUAAACUUCACAGCUACGAUCGACGCCAUCUAUGAAAUGUACACCAAGAUGAAUGCAGAGCUGGACUACACUGUGUGAUCUCACAUUCACGGGCGAGCAAACUUCAGACCUCAUCUACUGCUGUCCCGCUGGAUCUCUGUUGCCUCCCUGUAGACGUCUCCUUAGUCUCCGCUCUUAUCUCGUACUGGAUCCUGCGUCUCUGGCAGUGUACCGCCGCGUUUUCUCUCGGGGAACAAUUAAGGUCCUGGCUGCUGAAGACUUUGGUGGAUUUGGAAGGGAAGGAUGUGUGUUAUUUGUUCUGCUCGUGUUGACUGUUUGAAUGCUUUGGCUUUUCUUUAGAAAAGACGGUUUGCGAGUGUUUUUUUAUAACUUUAACUACUAAUCAUUUCUCUUUGAUUCUCGAUACAUGCACUUUAAGUCUGUGUAUGGAAUGGCUCUGUAUGUGUUCCUUUAAUAAUGUAUUGCAAAUGAGGGUUUUCUUUUUACUUUUUAAUUAUACCAAAACAAACGUCUACAAGACUGUCUAACCAAAUAUCUGACAUUGACUGUACUGCUGUUAGUUUUUACUCUGAAUUCUAUUUUAUGACAAAAAAAAAUACUUGAAUGUGACAUGAAAUAUAAAAGAAACCACUUCCUCAGAAGCGAUAAUGAAGCCACUACAUUAAGUGGUGAAACGGUAAAUAAUUUCUUAAUAAAAAUUUGUUUCAAUAAGGACUUCUUAAGACUGUAAUGAAAAACUGUGAAUCUUCAUAGACGUAAUUGGUCUGAUGUUUUGUUGAUGUAAUGUAGUGGAUGAGUAUUGUUUGUUUGUAGGGUUUUUUUUUUUUUUUUUUUUUGUCAUUCCUGAAUGUUGAUUUCAUUCAAACUGCUUUUUAGAAAUAAAUGUUAAUUUAUGGAAAUAA